AGUGGGUCCCAUUUGCUUAUCUGAAAUUCAAAUAUAACUGGGCUUCUCCUAUUUUAUCUGCCAAAUCUGACAACCCUGGUAGUAGGGACUUGAUACAUUUUUUUCCUUUUAGGGAGAAUUUCUAAAUCGACCAGUAUUUAUGGAAAAUACAUAAGCGUUUUGUUUUUUUUGCCUUGACUCUGCCCUACACUUGCGGUGCGACCCUUUGGCAACAUUCAGUCCCUUUCUGUGCCUCAGUUUCCCCAUCGGAAAAAUGGGAGUUUGAACAGAGACCGAAGCGCAGGGAUCGCCAGUGUGGGAGAGCGCCGGGUGAACUGUGAAGGAGCAGGGAGGGAGCUCGGGCCGUGCCUGUACGGGACAACCCCGGCCUCCACUCCGGGCACCGCCGGUGGCGACUCCCGCCAGCGCCUAGGGUGCCUCGGUCCCGCCCCUACGCAGCGGAGGCCGGCUAGAGGCUGUCGCCAUGGAGACGCGAGCAGCCUGGCGCCCCCUCGCUCUCAAAGCCACGCGUUUCCGCUGCGUUGGAGCCUUCUCAUUGGACGGCCGUCGGGACGAUACCACCCGCCCCGAGCCCGCUAAGGGGAGGGGGCGGGGCCUUAUCCUCGUGGGAUUCGUUCUCUGGAGACCUGUGUCCGCGGCCUCUCUGGGAAAGCAUGGGUCCUCUCCCUCACGCGCGGAAAAGGACUGCGUCUCUUAGGUCUGGAGAGUGUCCAUUGCUUCUCCUACUAGAAUUUAUGCUCAUGCUGCUCCCUGAGAAAAGAAGAGGGGGCGGGAAAGUCGGCCACGCCCCCUCCAGAGCCUAUUUGGUCUCAGGAGCUAGAGCACCGGAAGUGCUGGCGACGUGUCAGUGCGCCCUACCCUAAACCUUCCCCCCCAGGCCACCUUUCCCAUUCAGCUGUGGUAUUCCGGGGCCGCCUGGGCGCUGCACCCGCCACUUCCGCAUCGAACCGCCGCUUCAACCGAACUCACUCCCUCUGCGCGCGCUCCAUCUCGUGCCCGCUGCUGGGCCGGCGCUUGGGAGAAGCCACGCCCUUUCCCGCUCCUGACAACCAAUGAGCGGGCGCCUCCCGGCGGGGUGGUGGGUAAUUAAUGAGGGCCGGGCGCUGAUUGGCUGCAGGGUCGUGUCCGGGGGCCGGGCGGCGGGGUAGGUUGUUCCUGAGGUGGGAGGCGGUACCCGUGGCUGAGAAGAAGGAGGCCUGAGAGCGACAUGUCCCCGGCGGCUCAGGCGGAGCGGCCCGUGGCGCUGUUUUUCUGAGUCCGGGGUGGCCUGGCAGCCGGCCGAAGACGAGGGUCGGCGGGGGCUGCCCCCGUGGUGGUGGCCGCCAUGCUGGGAGCCUGGGCGGUUGAGGGAACCGCUGCGGCGCUCCUGCGACUGCUGCUGCUGCUGCUGCCGGCGAUCCGGGGACCCGGGCUCGGCGUGGCCGGCGCGGCGGGGUCCGGGCUGCCCGAGAGCGUCAUUUGGGCGGUCAACGCGGGCGGAGAGGCGCAUGUGGACGUGCACGGGAUCCACUUCCGCAAGGACCCUUUGGAAGGCCGGGUGGGCCGAGCCUCAGACUAUGGCAUGAAACUGCCAAUCCUGCGUUCCAACCCUGAGGACCAGAUCCUGUAUCAAACUGAGCGGUACAAUGAGGAGACCUUUGGCUAUGAAGUGCCCAUCAAAGAGGAGGGGGACUAUGUGCUGGUCUUGAAAUUUGCGGAGGUCUACUUUGCACAGUCCCAGCAAAAGGUAUUUGAUGUACGAUUGAAUGGCCACGUCGUGGUGAAGGACUUGGAUAUCUUUGAUCGUGUUGGGCAUAGCACAGCUCACGAUGAAAUUAUACCUAUGAGCAUCAGAAAGGGGAAGCUGAGUGUCCAGGGGGAGGUGUCCACCUUCACAGGGAAACUCUACAUUGAGUUUGUCAAGGGGUACUAUGACAAUCCCAAGGUCUGUGCACUCUACAUCAUGGCUGGGACAGUGGAUGAUGUACCAAAGCUUCAGCCUCAUCCGGGAUUGGAGAAGAAAGAAGAGGAAGAAGAAGAAGAAGAAUAUGAUGAAGGGUCUAAUCUCAAAAAACAGACCAAUAAGAACCGGGUGCAGUCAGGCCCCCGCACACCCAACCCCUAUGCCUCGGACAACAGCAGCCUCAUGUUUCCCAUCCUGGUGGCCUUCGGAGUCUUCAUUCCAACCCUCUUCUGCCUCUGCCGGUUGUGAGAACAAAUGACUAUCCUGAACAGGGUGGAGGGGUGUGGGAAAGAAACCAGCCAUAUUGGUUUUGGUGUCUAUAUUUUUCACAAUGAUUAAUGAAAAAAAAACAAAGACAAAAAAACACACAUCAAUUAAAGGAGACAAAAAGAGGCAGAGCGAGUAGAGAGCAGCCCUCAUUCACCACCUGGUCCCAGACCUGCUUCGGUCCUCGUCCUCUCUUUGUGGCUGGCCCCCAGCCGUCUCUUUCCUCUUGAGGAUACUUAGGGUAAACUGGAUCCUUCCUGCUCAAGGAUCCUCAUUUGUAUACCUAGUGGAAAGGACUCUGAACUCAGAGGAGUCACUGUUCCUUUUUUUAGUUUAGAAAUUAACAGCAGGGAAAUACCAUCUUAUUACCUGAGACGACCAGCACUGGGAGUUAGGUAUGGUCUGAAGUUAUGUCUAGAUAAGACUUCAGAUGUCCUGGGAUUGAAAGAAUGCGUGCGAAGGGGUAGAAUUUGUGCGGUAAAGACUUAAAAAAAAAAGUAGGGAGAUUAAAAAAAAAGAAAGAAAAUGCUUCCUUAUCUGGAAGCCUUUCUGGAUUAAUCCAGUGAUGGUCCCACCUUUAGUGUUUGAGCUUUGUCAUUGCUUGUCUCCCUGGCAUGUACCAGUUAUAGACUGUCCGGCAUCCAAGACGUUUCGGUUAUGUCGGGUCCUCAGAUCGCCUCUGACUUGUUACCACAACAAAUCAUUUUGAUUUCAGUGCCUGUUGGGGACUUGAUUUCUUCUCAGUUUUGUUUGUUUGUUUGUUUCCUUAAUCUGGCUCAUUUGAAAUUUCUUCUCCCUCUCAACCAUCCUACUAAGUUAUAGCCAAGAAGGGAAGGAGACACGGGGAUUUGGGGUUCUCUGCUUGAAUGUCUUCUCCUUUACCACCUCACCUUGCUGGUACCUCCCUCCCUGGAUCUCUGAGCCAGCAGCCAGGAGGACCUGACCUAGCAGUUCUUUACUGGCCCCUUUGUAGGGUCUUGCUGCCAGGGGGCAGGGAUGCUUUCCAGCCUGCAGCAACAGAACACUUGACCUUAAAAGUCUCUUCUGGUCUUUGGAUUAGAAAAGGCUUAUGUUGGCAUAGCUUAAGAGCAACCUCAGAGACUUGAGCCCUACUAAGUGACUGACCACUGUUUAGAGUGUCUGGUAUCUGAUGUUCAUUUAUUCCCAUGUUCUUGUGUGUCACAGUUCAGCCAGUUUUGGUUUAUGCCUAGAGCUACUUCAAGGAACUAGACUAAUUAGCUAUAUAGGUCCAGCGAUGAUUCUUAUUGAUCUUAAUAGUAUGCUCCUCCCUCCCCUGUCCUUUCAUUUCUCUAUCCAGGUAGCAGUCAGGUUCUUGGUGUGAUGGGACUGAAAGAAUUCCAGUCAGCCAGAGCCUUGGCAGCUCUGAAGCUAACCUUAGCAUCUAAGUGUCGGUCUUGAAUUCCCUGAAAAAAUUUCUAUAGGAAAUGAAGCUUCCCUGGUCCCCUCCUUUCUGGCCAUUGUCAUCCAUUUCCCUGUUAGGGCAACAAUGAAGGAGGACCCAGCCAAGCUAGAAGGAAUUUUGUGGAUGGGAGACAGCAGGAUUAGCUUCAGCUUGGGCUGGAGCAGUCAAUAUAGGAUCUCAGGCCAGGCCCACUUUUCUAGAAUGUGUUUAAUUUUGAGUUUGCUUUAUUAGAUAUGUUUUUUAAGAGCUCUAUAUAUUUGAACUGCUCCUUAUGUGACAAAAUAGGUAGUUCUUGGGCUCAUGUCCUGGGUUUUGGCUCUUUAAUGAUUACUCCAGGCCAGCAUUUAGUCAUUUGAGAAUUGUAGCCUGUUGUUUUCGGUGUGACUUGGGUCUCAGUGCUAGGGUAUUGAGUCAGGCAGCUGGAGGGUUGUGGCCUGAGGCUGCAGUCAGAGGUAUACUUCCCCUAGUGCUUCACACAGCUCCCCUGCUUCUAAAGGAUAAGGUACUGUAGCCUUGGUCUUGGGGACCACCUGCCUGGGGCAGUGGACAUCCUAACUAAACAGGCUUCUGGCAGUAGCUUUGGUUCCUAUCCCAUCGAAAUUCCCCAAAGCCCUGGGCCACUGCCAUUGGAUUAGUCAAGAUGAAGGAGGAGGACUGGCUGCCUCCAUUUUGCCUUGUUUGUUAGUUUGCCUGGGUCUGUCUGAGGAAGGAGGGGGUCCCACCUUCCACCUCAACACAUCCCUUCAGUGACUCAGAGUCUCAGAAGGAAACCCUGACUCCUGGGGCCAUUUCCUAAUGGUACUGUAAGCCAAGCAGCUUUGCUUCUGCCUCUGUUUCCAAGCCCACCCUUUUCCCCUGAGCUCAGGGUUAGGGAUGGGCGCUUUCCUCUCUGGUUGUGAACCAAAGGAAGGAACAUCUUUCUAUGGCUAACAAAAACUAAAGGGGAAGUGAGGAAACAGGAAGAAGUAUGGUGGGGGCUGGGGUAGACUCCCCUGGAGCCAAGCCUAUCCAGCUAACAAGAGCUCCCUGGGGCUGGCCACAGCUGGCUCAUGAUGCUGAACUUGAAAGUUUUUUUGCUUUUGUUUUUGUUUUGUGGCUCCUCCAAGAUAUAGGUACAUGAAGUUUAGGUUAAAGGGGUGGGAUUCUUUAUUUUUAUUUUUGUAUUGUAUGUGUCAAGAAUUACUCUGUUGUUCACGUUUUGCUUUUUGCACUGUUUGUUCCCCUAUCUGUAUUUUGAGCUUAGUGCUAGGCCUGAGAGGCUGCACCAUAGGGAAUGCGUGGGAGGUGGUGAGGGGUGCCAGUGAGGGGUGUGUGGAGGAGAGGCCUGGGCUCCUCUACUGGAUCUACACUCUGUCCUAGGUUUUUAGAUCCCACUGAGCCCAGCUGGCUGAAAACAAGGACAGUCAGGGUGAAACUUCUUUUGCCAGAAGUGUGGCCUGAGUUGAAUUUCCGGGAGGAUGACGCAGAUGUCUGCUGCAGAGAUGGGCUGAGAGUUCUGCAGUCUAGCUCUGACUUAGGUCAGGGGCCAGUUGGUCUCUAAUCGGACGUUUUUGGGUCUCACUCAUGCUUACUGAAACAUUGUGCCAAGAAACUCUGUGGGAUUUGUGUCCCUUAAACCAGAUUCACUUUUCUGAAAAAUCUCCAUUGUUGAGGAGAGGCUGCUGAGUCGACACCCGAGUUCUCAUGACUGGGAAGAUAGUUUUCUUCAGGUGUCAAUGGCGUUAGACUCCCAGGAAGACUAGCCCUGCCCACAGGGCCACCUGUUGGUUUGAGAGCGUGUUCAUGUUCUCUUGCUCUCACUGCCUAAGAGCUACUGGGAUCACGUUAGCGGGCACUUAGGCUUUGAUGAGAGGGCAAAGUUUGAGUUAGGUUUACCUCCCCCUUUCUGUGCCUGGGAACUGUUUGGUCCAGCUUUAGAACUGUGGUUUUGACUUCCUUAUCUCUUGGGAGAAGCUUCUGUUUUAAGGAAUUUCUCUUCCUUCUUCUCCUGCCUCUAGCCUCUCCUGGAAAGGCCUGGAUAUGGUUUCUGAAAUCUCAGCUGAGAACUUCAGAAAACAGCAGCAGUAUUUUCCUUUUCCUAGUGCUAAAAUCCCUUUCUCUAGAAAUUGGCUCACCUUGGGAAACCCAGAGAAAGAAUCAGCAGGUUCUCUGCCCUCCCUGGGGGUUGGGGAAGGACCCACCCCGGUCAGCACAGUGCCUUUUCCUCUCCUGCUCUGAGCCAGGGUGGGGCAUUCCCUCUAGAUUCAGGUCUGGGCAGGGGUCCUAUAGUCCCUGCCAUGGGGCUGCUUUCCUGUCCUUUCCCUCCCCUUUGCUGGCCUACUGUGGCAUAAUUCAAGUGUCUUCUUGCCUUGAGGAUCCUUAGUGGCAUCAAAUGGCAACAUGGAAUAUUGUCCUCCAUGCCUCUCCAGAAGGACCUAGGAGAGUAAGUGAGCUUUCCAAAGUGAGAGACGAAUCUUUCUUUCUUUUUUUUUUAAAGGGCAGGAUGGGUAUGCGUUGGGCUUUCUCCUUCUGUGGCCCCGGAGGAAGGAGAGACUGAGGCAAGGCAAAGCGAUAGUACACUGAAGCAGAACCAGAAACACCCAGGAACUGUUCAGAAAUCUCAGAAGAAAUCUGCUUCUUUUCGAUGGAAAGAUAUAAUUAACGAUCAAAGAGCUCUAAGAAAAUUGCAAAGAAGCCUUAAUGUUCAAGCUUUAGAAAGAUCAGAGCAAUUUUUCUCUUUCAGUCCAAACUAAGACUCUCUGUAUUUAAACCUCUCUGGGGCAAGAGGGCUAGAUUUCCUCAUUUUGUUAUGAGACUAGAUUGGUACCAAUAGAUCAGCUGCCUAGUGAGGGCGGGUUUCUUCUUUGCAUCUGUGUAGCUUGCUUCCAGUCUGGCCUGUCCUUUCCAGCUGCCUUUUGUCUAGCCUGCUACGGGGGGCCAGAUCAUCUUGAUAAGAGCAGGUGAUUUGGGGACUAGCUGGGUUGGCAGGAAAAGAGCAGGAUGGAUCUCUUGGGACAGGUUCCCCCAGGAGUAUAAACACAAUGAGCCAGGAUUGUGCUGGCAGCCAGGGAAACAGUAGUGCCUGUUUGAGUUGGCAGAGAGGGCCUUGGCACUUCUUGCAUCCAGGCAGUCUUGUGAGAUGGGGGCACAUAGCACUGGGGAAAGCAGAACUCCAUUCUCACCUCUAUUUUGAGCUUCAGUGCUUUAUUUCAGUAUGAGGAAAAACAACAACAAACUGAAGUGCGCUUUCCGUCCUUUCAAAGGACAACUGUCGGGAAGGGAGAGCCGAGUUGUGAGGUAGGAGGGGAGCACUGGCAGGGAGAGACGUUCUUGACUCCUCUCUUCCCUGGUGUGUUGUGAUCCAGGGAAUGAAAAGAAAUUUGACCCUGGAUUGGUUCUCUCCUUGGACUUAAGGAAUGUUACCUUUUCCUUCCACGAAGUUCUCCCAGGCAAGGACCAGCUGCCCAUUCUGAGCCCAGGGCAGCCUCUUCAACCAUUAUUGGUCUAACCUGGCUUGUCAGGAAACCAACUCCACCCUUCCACAUUGGGCCUGGCUGCUCUAUUCUGUACCAAGUACUGGAGAAAAAGCAUCAAGUUCUUAGCCCUUGUAGCUUCUACUCUAGUUUCCCAUCCUCUCUCUGUGGAGGCCAAACCAACUCUUUGUCAGUAGCCACAACACGCAUUGACAGCGGCACAGUGAGAUAUAACUGACGGGCUUUGAACCUGGUUGGCCGGGGAAGCUGUAGGGGUGGAUAGAGCUGGCUUUCCUUCUGGGCUGUCUCCAUCUGACCCUACUCCUUCCAUGUCCCACCCCACUCCCACCAAAAAGUACAAAAUCAGGAUGUUUUUCACUGUCCAUUGCUUUGUGUUUUAAUAAACAAUUUGCAGUGACA